AGGAGCCGGGUCCACUGCCGGGUGGAGGGGCCAGGCGUGUGUCCUUAGCCUGACGACUGGGGCUCGGGCCUGCAAGCCGGUUGGAGUCGCGGCGGCGAGGACGCCUGGGCCGAGCGCGGAAGACAUGUUGCUCUUCGUGGAGCAGGUAACAUCUAAAGGAACUGGUUUAAAUCCUAAUGCCAAAGUUUGGCAGGAAAUUCCUCCAGGAAAUACUGAUGCCUCUUCGGUAACUCAUGGAACUGAAAGUUCUUGGCCUGAAACAGCAGCCUCAUCAGGUUCUCAUCCUGAGGGCAGUACAGAACUUUCAGAUGAUAUAUGUAAGGACUAUGAAGUAAUGUAUUCAUCUUGUGAAACCACAAGAAAUACUACAGGCAUUGAAGAAUCAACUGAUGGAAUGAUUUUAGGGCCAGAAGAUCUGAGUUACCAAAUAUAUGAUGUUUCUGGAGAAAGCAGUUCAGCAAUUUCUACAGAAGACUUAAAAGAAUGUCUGAAGAAACAAUUAGAAUUCUGUUUUUCACGAGAAAAUUUGUCAAAGGAUCUUUAUUUGAUCUCUCAAAUGGACAGUGAUCAGUUCAUCCCAAUUUGGACAGUUGCGAACAUGGAAGAAAUAAAAAAGCUGACCACAGACCUGGAUCUAAUUAUUGAAGUAUUAAGAUCCUCUCCUAUGGUACAAGUUGAUGAGAAAGGCGAGAAAGUAAGACCGAGUCAUAAACGUUGUAUUGUUAUUCUUAGGGAGAUUCCUGAAACAACUCCAGUAGAGGAAGUAAAAGCUUUGUUUAAAAGUGAAAACUGUCCUAAGGUAAUAAGUUGUGAGUUUGCCCACAAUAGCAACUGGUAUAUCACUUUCCAGUCAGAUACAGAUGCACAACAGGCUUUUAAAUACUUAAGAGAAGAAGUUAAAACAUUUCAGGGCAAGCCAAUCUUGGCAAGGAUAAAAGCCAUCAAUACAUUUUUUGCGAAGAAUGGUUAUCGCUUAAUGGAUUCAAGUAUGUAUAGUCAGCCUAUUCAAACUCAAGCACAGUAUGCCUCUCCCGUUUUUAUGCAGCCUGUAUAUAAUCCUCACCAUCAGUACUCCGUUUAUAGUAUUGUGCCUCAAUCUUGGUCUCCAAAUCCUGCACCUUACUUUGAAACACCACUGGCUCCCUUUCCCAAUGGUAGUUUUGUGAAUGGCUUUAAUUCACCAGGAUCUUACAAAACAAAUUCUGCUGUUGUGAAUAUGGGCCGACCAUUCCAAAAAAAUCGUGAUUUUCUCUUGCCAGAUCUCAUUCUGCCAGUUAAUUCUUUUUUGCAAGGAGACCACAUGGGUGUAAAGCCUCAUUUUAGGUCAUCGAGUGGUUCAGAACACUCCACAGAGGGCUCUGUGUCAUUGGGUGAUGGACCGUUAAAUAGAUCUGGUUCAAGGAACUUUGCAGCUGAACGACAUAACCCUUCAGUAACAGUACAUCAGGAACAAAAUUACCUUCCAAAAGAAACCCCCACUUUGCAAAUGGAGCAGAAUGGGGACUAUAGUAGGGGCAGGAGAACUCUCUUCAGAGGUCGAAGACGACGAGAAGAUGAUAGGAUUCCAAGAACCCAUCCUUCAGCAGCUGAAGCAAAAGCUCCAACACCAAAGUUUGACUUACUAGCCUCCAAUUUUCCUCCUUUACCUGGAAGUUCUUCAAGAACACCAGGUGAACUUGUUUUGGAGAGUAGGAUGUCUGAUGUUGUCAAAGGUGUCUACAAAGAAAAGGACAAUGAAGAGUUGAGAGUAAGUUGCACGGUGCCCGCAGAAGAUGAACAUGCAGAUUGUGCCUCUGUCCAGCAGCUCAGUUUGAGUUCUAGUCCUCCAUGCACAGCUGAACUUCCUGCAUUAAGUGCAACCCAACAAGAAAAAGAGCUAAUAGAGGAUUCCGCUGUCCAGAAGGAUGUUCUCAACCAAACAGCUAUUCCAGUUUCUCCCCCGAGUACUGUAAAGCCAUCAAGGACAAAUACCACUUCACCAUGUAAUAGUAAUAUAAAUCCAACUGUGGCUGUUGUCCUACAGGAGCCUCGGAAGUUAAGUUACGCGGAAGUGUGCCAGAAACCCCCAAAAGAGCCAUCUCCAACUCCAGUGCAGCCACUACGAGAACUUCGCUCCAAUGUAGUAUCUCCUACCAAAAACGAAGAGAAUGGAGCGCCUGAGAAGUCCGUUGAAAAACCGCAUGAGAAGCCAGAAACAAGGGCUAGUAAGGAAUAUUCUGGCUUUCGAGGCAAUGCCAUUCCCAGGGGAGCAGCUGGAAAAAUCAGGGAACAGAGACGUCAGUUUGGCCAUCGGGCCGUACCUCAGGGAGUGACGCGACGGAAUGGCAGAGAGCAGUGCGUGCCACCCAGAUCACCAAAGUAGAAACAGACGAAAGCAAAAACAAACAAACAGACGAAAAACUAUUCACAGACCUUUCUCUCUUCCCAUUAAACUUGAGCCGUGGCUAUAUUGAACUCUUUUGGAGGGGAGUGGGUCGCCAGGAUGGAAACAGGAAAAAUACAUCCGUAUAUAUAUAUCAUUUAUGAAUUUUGGAGGUGUGAGCAGUAGAUUCCCAAAAUUCAUCUCUAAAGUGAUUUUAAAAUGCUGGAGGAUUCCAAUCAGUAUAAAUAUAUAUAUAUAUGUAAACAUAUAUAAAAAUAUAAUUUUUCUAUU